CGGGCUUCUGGCCAAUCAGCAGGCGUGGCGCGCCCUUCGGUUUCCUCCAGCCCGAGUUUGCCGCCUGGGUUCCCGCGACCCCAACGUCCCAGAGGCGGGGCCACAGUCAUCUGGGACGCUUCUUGGAGCCGGCCUUUGGGUGCCCAACAAACAAAUCCCAGCUUGGCGGCGGCCGUGAAGAAGCGACCGUGGAUCUUCGUGCUCCUGGUUCCCCGAGGCGCCCUCCGGGCCCGGGAAGCGCGAGUACUGAGGACCAGAAAUUGAAUAAAUCACUCAUCAAAUAUAGAGGCUCUAGUUCUUUAGAAAAAGUCCCAGAUGAAUACCAGGUUUUCUUCAACCAAGAUGGUACCUUUCCACUUUCCCCCAUCAAAAUUGGCACUUUGGAACCCAAUGCCAAUUGGAGAUUUCAUCUGCUUGCAUCUCAGUUACUACAGAAAGCCAAAGCUUGUGGUAACUGAAAAGGCCAUCCGACUUGCUUAUCGUCAUGCUAAGCAGAAUAAAAGAAAUGUGCCAUGCUUCUUACUUGGUUCUCUCACAGUGGAUGAAGAUGAAGAAGGUGUGACAUUGACAGUAGAUCGCUUUGAUCCUGGUCGAGAAGUCCCCGAAUGCUUAGAAAGAACCCCCACUGCUUCUCUUCCUGGAGAUUUUUUGAUCCCCUGCAAAGUUCAUACUCAAGGACUUGGUUCAAGAGAUAUGAUAGUUCAUAAUGCAGAUGAUUUCACUUCAACUUUAAAGGCUUUACAGUACCAUGUGUGUAGCAAAGAUUUCUUGGACUGUGGAAAGCUGCUUUCCCUACGAGCUCAAAUCACGCCCAGGGAGAGUUUGGACGGUGUGGAUUUUGACUUGCACUGGGCAGCAGUAACUCUAGCAAAUUCUUUCAAAUGUGUACCUGUGAAGCCUAUUCCCAUUAUACCUACAGCUCUGGCAAGAAACUUAAGUAGUAAUCUGAAUAUUUCUCAAGUUCAAGGAACCUAUAAACAUGGAUAUAUUACCAUGGAUGAAACACGAAAAUUGUUACUUUUGCUGGAAUCUGAUCCCAAAGUUUAUUCUCUACCAUUAGUGGGAAUUUGGCUCUCUGGAAUUAUACAUAUCUAUAGCCCUCAGGUAUGGGCUUGCUGCUUGAGAUACGUGUUCAGUUCUUCUAUUCAGGAAAGGGUUUUUUCAGAAUCUGGAAAUUUCAUCGUAGUUCUUUAUUCAUUGACGCAUAAGGAACCUGAAUUUUAUGAGUGUCUUCCAUGUGACAGUAAGACACCCGGCCUUCAGUUUCAGUUACUAACUAACAAGGAGACUUUACAUCUUUUCAAUAACGUUGAACCUUCCGACAAAAAUCUAAUCCAUUUCGAACUGAGUGCCGAAAGUCAAGAUGCAGAAGCAGAAUUUUUCAGCAAGAUUUCCAAGAAUCUUUCUGUUAAGAGAUCUCCCCAAAAAGUAUCUCCUGGGAAAACACCAAUAAAUAAGCAUGACGCUGACUUUGAAGAUGAAGAUUUUUCUCCAAGACCUAUGCCCAGUCCUCACCCAGUGAGUGAGAAGAUUUCUCAGAUCCAGCCGUCUGUCCCCGAACUUUCGCUUGUGUUAGAUAGCAACUUCACAGACUCAAGUCAUCAGUGUGACCCGCUGGAAAUGAUGGCUGUGGAGAAUCCUUUGUUGAGGAAGCCGCUGCAGCCUGAGCUUUGUGAUGAGAACCACAGCUCAGAGGCUGACGCUGGGGAGCCCUCCCUGAAGGGAACACCUAAUCAGUUCAGCCAGGACACCGCUCUCAGACAGUGCAGAGGGAAGCAGUCACCCACCUGUAAGAAAGAAAGACCCCGUUUCAGGAACACUAAUGCUAAACCAUUCCUUAAUGCACCUUCUCCUGCUGUAUCUGAGAAACUUCAAGCAGUUUCUGCUGGGAGCAUGCAGAAGGAAGACUGCCCUAUGAGACCUUCCACGAUGAAUUCUAGGCAGCCUUCACUUGCUCCACAAGCCCACCCACACAAUUUUGUUUUUUCACCUCAUAAUUCAGCAAGACCAAUGGAGCUUCAAGUACCUACUCCUUCGCUACCAUCUUACUAUCCCACAAACAUCUGCAACUGUUGUCAACAUCAUGGCCAUAUUCAGUAUAAUACAAUAAAUUCUUGGCAGGGAAAUACAGUAGGGUCCAUUCAAGACCUCCGAAAUGAAGCCCUUCCAAAACAUGCAUUAUUUCAUUCAAGUGGAUGUCCAUCUCUGUGUCAUAAUGCCAUCUACUCUUCGAGUAGCCCUGUGGCCCUGAAACCUCAGGGGGGUAUGGGUGGCUAUUCUCCCCACAGCAAUGCAGAGCCGUCCGCUGUAGCAGGACCUUCACCUGUGGACUCAUGUGUACUACAGACUUGUGCCAUGUGCAUGCACACACCCAGCAAGGUGCCAGACAAUGGCAUGAUGGGACUAUCUCCUGAUGCAUAUCGCUUUGUCACAGAGCAGGACAGGCAGCUGAGACUACUUCAGGCACAGAUUCAGCGCUUAUUGGAAGCACAGUCUCUAAAUCCUGGCUCCCCUAAGACAAGCACUGUGGAAGACACUGGGAAAGCAGCAAGACAGGUGGAGCUGGUUUCCAUGGAAGCACAGCCUUCGCCCGGCUUGCACAUGAGAAAAAGUGUAAGCAUUGCAGUGAGCACAGGUGCUAGCUUGUUUUGGAAUGCAGUGGGUGAUGACCAAGAGCCUGACCCACAGUUAAAGCAAGAUGACACCAAGAUUUCCAGUGAAGACAUGAAUUUUUCUGUUGAUAUUAAUAACGAAGUGACAAGUCCUCCAGGUAGUGCAUCUUCAUUAAAAGCGGUUGACAUUCCCAGUUUUGAAGAAAGUAACCUUGCUGUGGAAGAAUUUAAUCAUCCACUUCCUGAAUCCAACUCUUCAGAACAGAGACAAGAACCAGGUGUGCCUGUGUUCUUCCCAAAUGCUUUGCUGGCUGAGAGUGUGAGCACGUGCUUACAGGCUGAGCCAACAGAGGGAGCCAGUAACAGCACUGAGUCACCAGGGGGACCAAAAGUUGAGCCUAACUGGCCAGCAGAUGACCAGAAAAUUUACCAGGACUUGUUGGGUAAAGUGAACCACCUGCUUAAUAAUUCCUCCCAAGAAAUUGAUCAACCACCUACCAAAGCAGUAGUUAUCAACCAUGAAUGCACCAAAACCCAAAAUAUUCACCAUAUAAGGAAAAAAAAGCACAAUUCAGGACUGGUAGACAAAGACUGUGUACUCAGCGCAACUAUUAAACAGCUAAGGAGCCUGGGAGUGAAAAUUGAUUCUCCCACUAAAGGGAAGAAAAAUGCACAGAAAGUGGAUCAUGCCAGUGUUUUGGCAUGUAUCAGCCCAGAAGCAGUGGUCUCUGGAUUAAACUACAUGUCAUUUACUAAUGUUGGCAUGAGCGGCUUAAGUCCCACUGGUGUGGAUUUGAGCAUGGAGGCAAAUGCUAUAGCUCUGAAAUACUUGAAUGAAAAUCAGCUGUCACAACUGUCUCUUGCUCGAUCAAACCAAAAUAACUGUGACUCAUCUUUUGGCCUCCUACAUAUUAAUUCAGACAGAAGCACAGUGGGGCUUAGCUUAGUUUCACCAAGCAACAUGUCAUUUGCAACCAAAAAAUACAUGAAGAGAUAUGGUCUCUUAGAAAGCAAUGACAACAGUGAGGAUGAAGAGUCCUCCAGCCAUGCAGACAGUGAGAUGGACCAUAUGUUGAACAGAAACCCUGCAUGCAGACCUGUGCAACUCAGUCAUCAAAAAGCACCUUCUCAGAAUGCCUGUGAAAAAGCUCUAACUAACUGUGACUCGGAGGACAUGCAUACAGAUGUGCCAGUAUUGAGAAAUAUCACAAAUGAGGCUGUGCAGCCUAGAGCAACAGAGCAGGUGAAUGAAGACCCUGUUUUCUCCUUAAGGAAUCUUAAACCAGACCCUGCAGUGAACCUCCGAACUGGAAAAGCAGAGUUUACUCGACAUCCUGAGAAGGAAAAUGAAAGUGAAAUUUUUCCUGGAACCUUGCAACCUCCUGAGUCUUUAAAGCAAAUGAAUAGCAUGAAUUCAGUGGGCACCUUCUUAGAUGUGAAGCGUCUCAGACAGUUACCGAAGCUGUUUUAACUCUUUACUCCUCCUUUGUGAUGUGAGGACUAGGUGUGUACUGACGGCACUUAAGGAGACCAGACCUUUGGGAUCUCUUUUUGGUUUGUUUUUGAGACAGGGUUUCUCUCUGUAGUCCUGGCUGUCCUGGAACUCGCUCUGUAGACCAAGCUGGCCUCGAACUCAGAGAUCUGCCUGUCUCUACCCCUCAAAUGCUAGAUAAGAUUAAAGGUUUGCACCACCAUUGCCUGGCCAUGACCUUUGGGAUUUCUAAUAACUGUAAGCGUCCGUUUCCUGUUUGUAGCUAAUUAUAGUAACAUUGGUCAGCAGGUGACCCACUUGUGAAAUGCCUGGUUAGUGGGAAGGCUGGGUUUGUUCUGCAUCACUGAGCCUAAAGCAAAAGUAAAACAACAACCCUAAGAUCAGGUAUUACAUCAAAUCAAGUUCAAAUGUACUCCCUAAUCCCCAGGACCUCGCAUGUACUAAUGGGCUCUGUUACUGAGCCCCACCUCAGAGCUUCAUCCUCAGCUCGGUAGGUUUUAGUGAGACAGGGUCUCAGUAUGUAGCCUCGGCUGGCUUCAGACUUAGAAUCCUUCCACCUUCCGCGUCUGGCUCAGGUAUGCACUUUACCUAGUAUCUCCCAAAGACAAUUUCUUACAAGAUCAUAGUAAGUUUCAAAACCAAGAUACUACAUUAGGCACAAUACUGAGUAAGCCACAGAACUCUCCAUUGUCUUUGGUUAUUUGGUGGGAAGAGGCAGUGCUGGUGCUUGAACCCAGGACCUCAUAUCAAGUGUUCUAGCACUGAACUUCAUACUUCAUUUCAUGAGGUGUACCGCUAAUUUGCAUUGUUUGUGUAUAGAGACAUGAAAUUAUAUCACAUAGCUUCCAUUAGCCUAAAACACAUCCUCCCUCCAAUCCCUACCCUUGAUAGUCCAUGAUCUUUUUACCAUCAGCAGAAUGUUUUUUGUCAUUAAAAAAAAUGUUUCUUAAACAGAACUGUACUUUUAAAAUGUGUUUUUUUUAUUAAGCAUUAUACCUUUUGAAAUUUACUGCCUUUCUCCCAAUAAUGUCCUGAGAUCUGUCCAAGUGUUGAGUGUGUCAAUAAUUCUUUACUUCCGCUCCCCUCAGGUUGUUUUAAAUUGUUAUUUCUAAAUAUAAAAUAAAACUAUCCACAUUCACUUGAAA